UACUUCAAGCGAUGAAUUCAGUGGCCCUGAUUCAUAUCGCCGCACACGGUGAUGCUGAAAGAGGAGCAAUUGCCCUUGCACCAUCGUUUCGUAUUCCUAACGGGAUACCUCAAGAAGGACUGUACUUAUUGACAAUGUCUGACAUUUCAAAAGUUCAACUGCGAGCUAAACUGGUAGUCCUUAGCUGUUGCCACAGUGCUCGUGGACAGACAAAAGUUGAGGGAGCCGUUGGAAUUGCCCGAGCAUUGUUAGGAUCUGGCGCGCGCUCAGUGUUGGUGGCACUGUGGGCCCUGGAUGACAAAGCAACAGAGCAGUUAAUGAGGCAUUUCUAUGAUCACCUUGUUGCUGGUGAAAGUGCUGGUGAAUCUCUACACGAGGCCAUGAAGUGGAUGAGAAGUGCGGGCUAUGACGUGACCCAGUGGGCACCUUUUAUACUGAUUGGAGAUGACGUGACAUUUGAUUUUGGAAAGAAAGGUGUUGGAAAGAGUGACCAGGAAGGUAGCGAGUGACCGCCGGAGAUGUAAAAUAUGCCACGACCUCAACGAACAGUUUUACUGCUAGUUGAUAUAAAUGAAAUAGACCUUUAACUUUUGGCCANU